CUUCCGUUGAUGGAGUGACGUCAUUAGUAACCGGGAAGGGUUUUUUUUUUUCCCUCUCUCUCUCUCUCUCUCUCUCUCUCUGGAUGGGCGGAAGUGAAACGGAAGUGAUCCCGACCUGAUAUGGGCAUGUGAUUUCCGAUGGUCUUCCUCUGGGGAAAAAAAAAAAGAUAAGAGUUCCCCCAGUCAUGCUCUCCCCUCUGUGACCAAAUACACUGGAUAAAUGAAUUCCGUGUCGCCAUCGGCCACUCAGUAUGGCAGCCCCGAAGGUCGACGACGCAGGAACCUGAGCGGCCUCCACGAUGCUCCUCAGAUGGGGUACCAAGGAGCCGGGCGAGAUGUCGCAACCGAUGAGGUGGAUAAGUUAAAGAGCAAACUACUGACAGCAUGGCACAGCGUCAAAUACGGUUGGACGGUGAAGAUGAAGACUAAUUUUAACAGAUCUACGCCCUUAUAUUUGUUGGGCAAACGCUACUUCUUCCGAAACGAAGAUGAAAUAGAACAAUUUCAGCAAGAUUUUGUCUCCAGGGUGUGGCUAACUUAUAGACGGGAUUUCCCUGCACUGGAGGGGACCCAACUCACUACAGACUGCGGAUGGGGCUGUAUGAUCAGGAGCGCUCAGAUGAUGUUCGCCCAGGCUCUUCUGAUGCAUCUUCUUCACAGAGAUUGGUUGUGGCCUGAAGCAUUGGACAUCAUUUUUGUUGAAAUGGAUCCCAUCCGAUCCUCCUCUCCGCCCACCCUUAAUUCAUUCUCUUCUACAGCGUCACCUACCUCUCACUCCCGUCAUCUGUACUCCCGCACAGCAUCCUGCCCCUCUAGACCUCAAGUUCCCCACCAAGGGCAUAUCCACAGGGACAUCCUGCGAUGGCUCUCAGACCGCCCAGAUGCCCCCUUUGGUCUCCAUCACAUGGUGAAAUUAGGCAGGAGCUUUGGCAAAAAAGCAGGAGACUGGUAUGGCCCCAGUAUUGUGGCUCACAUCUUGAGGAAAGCUCUGGAAUCAUCUCCUCAGGUCCCGGAGCUGUCCGUCUACGUGUCUCAGGACUGUACAGUGUACAGGGCAGAUGUGGAGCAGCUGCUGGAUACAGUUGAUCCUCGUGUAGAUACCACCAUUGCAGGAAGAGCGGUGAUCAUCCUCAUACCUGUACGUCUGGGUGGAGAGAACUUCAACCCAGUGUAUAAGCAGUGCAUUAAGGAGUUCCUGCAGAUGCCAUCAUGUCUGGGCAUUAUAGGAGGGAAACCGAAACAUUCACUGUAUUUCAUUGGUUAUCAAGAUAACCAUUUGUUAUACCUGGAUCCACAUUACAGUCAGACCUACGUAGACACCAGAACAGAUGACUUUCCCCUGGAUACUUUUCACUGUAAUUCUCCGCGCAAGAUGUCUAUAGUUAAGAUGGAUCCCAGCUGCACAAUCGCUUUUUAUGCUAGAAAUCGAGCAGAUUUUGGUGCACUUUGUGAUCAUCUGACAAAGGUGUUAAGUUCUCCGUCGGCAGAGGAGAAAUAUCCGGUGUUCAGUAUCUCAGAAGGUCACGCUCAGGAAUUCCACGUGUCAGAGGUUCUGCCGCUCUCUGCGUACGCCCCCGCUCAUCGGAAGAGGAGUACACUGGCACAGAGACCCAGCUCAGAUGAGUUUGAGUUCUUAUAACCUGGGGGAAGGGGACGCUGUACGACCUUCUGUACGACAUGGCGCCCCCUACGUCCGAAACUACUGCUGUUACUGAUCCAGUCUAGCUCUAGCCAAUCACGUCAUGAAGGUGUCUACUGUAUGAGAGAAUGUAUCCUCCAUUCACUGACAGCUAGCAUCUCAUAGGAAAGAAAAUACAAUCCUGCACUGAUGGGUCAUACAAACUGCAGCUACCUUUAUACAGAAACAGCACCAUUCAUGACCACAGGCUGGAUGUGGUAUUGCAGAUUUACCCUGUACAAGUGAAUGGAACUAAGCAGUACUACACGCAUCCUAGGCGUAGGAGUGGAGCUGUUUCUGCCAUAAAGCUGCCUUUUUUUUUUUUUUUUUUAUUAUUAUUUUUUUUAUCACAUACAACCCCUUUUAAUUAAAGGGGUUACUUGUCAUUAUGUUUUAAGGGUACGUUCACCAAACAUAAUCCACUGUGCAUAUGAUUAUAUGUGUGUUGACAUACACUUAAAGGGGUACUCCACUGGAAAACUUUUUAAUCAACUGGUGCCAGAAAGUUAAACAGAUUUGUAAAUGACUUCUAUUUAAAAAUCUUAAUCCUUUUAGUACUUAUCAGCUGCUGUAUGCUCCACAGGAAGUUAUUUUGUUUUUUCAUUUUCUUUCUGUCUGACCACAGUGCUCUCUGCUGACACCUCUGUACAUUUUAGGAACUGUCCAGAGUACAAGCAAAUCCCCAUAGCAAACCUAUCCUGCUCUGGACAGUUCCUGACGUCGACAGAGGUGUCAGAGAGCAGUGUGGUCAGACAGGAAGGAAAUUCAAAAAGAAAAUA